UCACGUUUCAGCCUGCCCUCACCCCCUAUUUAUCACCUCCAUCUGACGAGAAAGUUUAGGUUCAAAGUCUGGGUCCAAAAUUUCUUAGUUAUUAUUAAACUUUUUUAGAUUUAAAGUUCUUAUUUACAAAAUAAGUGUUUAAAUAUGUCUAAUAGCAAGAUGUUUAAAGCACUAAAGAUCCUCAAAAGCCGCAAUAAUGUAAAUUUCUUAAAUAGGCUGCCUAGCAGAUCCUAUGCGGCGGCAGCAACUUCGCAAGUUCACACGAAAUGUAAAUUAGUAAAUGGAGUAUAUGUUGUUACAUUAGAUUCACCUAAUGUUAAGGUUAACUCGUUAAAUGUAGCUGUUAUGGAUGAAGUCAGAAACAUCAUCAAUGAAGUUGAAUCGAACCCUGCCAUUGAAGCUGCAGUUUUGAUAUCAGGAAAGCCAGGAUGCUUCAUAGCUGGGGCUGAUAUAACAAUGCUUGAAAAUUGCAAAACUAAAGAGGAAGUUGUAGCUCUCUCUAAAAAUGGUCAUGAUAUCUUCAAAAGAAUUGAAUCAUCACGUAAGCCAUAUAUAGCAGCCAUCCAAGGCAGUUGUCUUGGUGGAGGGCUAGAGACAGCUCUUGCUUGCAAAUAUAGAAUUGCUGUAAAAGAUGCAAAGACUGGAUUUGGCCUUCCUGAAGUCAUGCUCGGACUUCUACCUGGAGGUGGUGGUACUCAAAGGAUGCCUAAGCUAACAUCAAUUCCUACAACUUUGGACCUAGCGCUUACUGGAAAAACUGUCAAGGCUGAUAAAGCAAAGAAACUUGGAAUAGUCGAUUUAUUAGUGUCACCUUUGGGACCAGGCAUGGGACAGCCCGAAAGCAACACAAUGAAGUACCUCGAGAAUGUUGCUGUCCUAGUAGCAAAGGAUAUUGCUUCAGGAAAAAUAUCUGUUGAUCGCACUAAAAAGGGAUUGGUUAAUAAAAUAACAGCUUCUGUCAUGCAGUGGGAUUAUGUGAAGAAUAUGAUUUUCAAUAAAGCUAAAGAACAAGUAAUGAAAGCAUCAGGUGGCUUAUAUCCUGCACCACUGAAAAUUCUUGAUGUUGUAAGGACAGGAGUUGAUAAGGGCCCUGUUGCCGGAUAUGAGGCAGAGGCUGAAGGUUUUGGAGAACUUGCCAUGACACCUCAGAGCAAAGGGCUUAUUGGUCUCUUCCGGGGACAGACAGAGUGCAAAAAAAACAGAUUUGGUAAAUCACAAGUUGAAGUUAAGAAUAUUGGUGUCCUCGGUGCUGGGCUGAUGGGUGCGGGUAUAGUACAGGUAUCCAUCGACAAAGGCUACAAAGUUGUAAUGAAAGAUGCUACCAAUGCUGGUCUAUAUCGUGGAGUAGGACAAAUUCAAAAUGGCCUUGUGAAUGCUGUCAAAAGGAAGCGAGUUUCUUCCUUACAAAAAGACAAAUUUAUGUCAAAUCUACUACCAACUCUGGACUAUGGCAAAUUCAAGAAUACUGACUGUGUGAUUGAAGCUGUGUUUGAGGACAUCAAUAUCAAGCACAAAGUUAUCAAAGAGUUAGAGGCAGUGGUGCCCAAACAUUGCAUUAUUGCCACCAACACCAGUGCUAUUCCUAUCACUAAGAUAGCAGCUGGUAGUAGCCGACCAGAGAAGGUUAUUGGUAUGCACUACUUCUCGCCGGUGGACAGGAUGCAGCUGUUGGAAAUCAUUCGCCACCCCGGAACCAGCGACGACACGGCGGCCGCAGCCGUAGCCGUGGGGCUGAAGCAGGGCAAGGUGGUCAUCACUGUCGGCGACGGACCCGGCUUCUACACCACGCGCAUCCUUUCCACUAUGCUCAGUGAGGCUAUGAGACUCCUUCAAGAGGGUGUAGAUCCUAAAGAUCUAGACAAAAUGACAAAGCAGUUUGGUUUCCCUGUAGGCGCUGCCACAUUAGCUGAUGAAGUUGGCAUUGAUGUUGGAUCUCACAUUGCUGUCGACUUAUACAAGGCUUUCGGCGAUCGUAUUAGUGGUGGAGACUUGAACAUAAUGCAAGAUCUUGUUAAAGCUGGGUUCAUGGGAAGGAAGUCCGGCAAAGGUUUCUAUGUAUACGAAAAAGGAUCUAAAAGCCGAGAUGUUAAUCAAGAAGCUGUACAAAUAUUAAAAGACAGAUACCCUCUUGAACCCCGUGGUGCUAACACAGUUGAAGAUCAACAAUUGAGAAUGGUAUCUAGGUUUGUUAACGAAGCUGUAUUAUCAUUAGAAGAAAAAAUUCUUCACAGUCCCCUAGAAGGUGAUGUAGGUGCUGUAUUUGGCCUUGGAUUCCCGCCUUUCACUGGUGGACCUUUCCGAUGGGUUGAUCGUUUUGGUGCUGACAAAUUGGUGAAGAAAAUGGAAGAAUAUCAUGGACUCUAUGGAGCACCAUUCAAGCCAGCACAAACUUUAGUAGACAUGGCGAGAGACACCAGCAAGAAAUUUUACAAUAAUUAAAUGAGCUGAAAAAAUGGACCUGCUAUGACUACAUUUACCUCCUCAUCGCAGCUCUUCCAUAUUUUUAAUACUGCCUUCUUUUGCAUGAUAUUUCGAAAACUACUAAUAAUUUACACAAAAAAAUAAACCUGUAGUUAAUCAAGCUGAUAAGAUCUAUAGUCAGAAUUGCAUUGUUAUAAUUAUGACAUAUUUAAAACCCAGAUUAUUAAUUAAGAGUGGUUGAUUUUUUAGCUAGAAUGAUUGAAAAUAUAUUGGUCAUAUUUAUUUAGUUUUAAGGAAAAUAUAUUUUUGCUAUAUGUAUAACCUAAUGAUACGAAAAUGAGCAUGUAACUUGAGCGUGUUUUGUGAAUCCCUAUUUUCUGGAUUGAUGAAACGAUAUUGUCGAAAAUCAUACUUUAUAAAUAAAUAUUAAUAGUAUUUAAA